AUGGGCUCUUUCAUCGACGACAGAUGUCCUACAGUCUGGGCAUUACCAAUAGGAGGCGCAUAUACUGCCGAAUUUCGUCCGCGACGGGGACAUGAGCCACAGCAUGCUGGCGCCGUGCCACCAACACCUGCUGUCAAGUCGCUUGCAGCAUUCGAGGACAGCUUCAGCGAGGCUCCUGCCAGCGAAGCGAGGAUCAAGCCGAUUGAUGGUGGUCUUUUGAAGAAGCUCUACAAAGCCACGGUGGACGAGAGACGGCGAUCGGCACAAGCAGACAAGGUAAAUAAUGGAGAAGGUGAUAACGCAGCAGACGCGUUCCCCGAACGAGGUACAGCAGCACAGAAGGGCUUCUACAUCCCGCGCAAUGUUUCUGGCGGAAAUCGAGUCGGUGAAAAAGGCACCCAGAAGGAGAAACCUCCGGUGCAAGAGAAAAGCAAAGGUGCGGGAGAGACCGCAAGAAAGGGGAAAAUACAACGACCGGACCCAAAAGUUGCACAGCCAGAUCCCGAGUCCGCGAAGUCCAUUGCCAGCACUCGAAGUAGCACGACGAUACGCAUCAAGGGAAAGAAUGGUGAAGAGGCAUUCGUGGAGAUUUCGAAUCUGCCGCUCGCGAUGGUAGCUGAAGAGGCUGCACCGGAACCCAAGGAUGAGCCACAGCUCACAAAGCAGCAGCAGCAGCAUGCUACAGAUCCGAAGCAGACGAAGCAACAAAAGAAGAAGAAUAAGCAGCAGCAACAGCAGAACGAAGAGGAUCGAGCUGCAGCUGCGGCGACCGCGGCCGAGGCGCUCAUGUCUGGUGCGCUUCCUGAUGGUCCACAGGAGAUUGGUAAUACGUCAGCUUCCAACCAUUCCGCUCAGGCAUCCGGCGGUGGUUGGGAAGGCAUUCUCGACGCCCAUGUUUCAUCUCACUCAAAGGUCAGGGAGAGCUGCAGGAGCUUGCAGCCGACCGUGGAAUCUGCCGUGCCCUCCAAAGCUCAUUCGGAAGUACCUCAGCCUGCUAUGAUCUUCGAAGAGGUAGGUGAAGGCUGGACAGGGCCGGCUGCUUCGAACCGCAGCUCGAAAUCAGCAAAGUCAACAAGCAAGUCGCAACAAUAUUCUCUACAUGGGUUUGAAGAGGUGCAAGACCAGUGGCCGAUGCCAGAGACAGAGUCCAAGAGUCUCGGAGGCAAGGCAGACUCAAAAGCCGCAUCAUCUGUGCGCGCACGAUCUGCGGCUCGUUCCAAAGCUAUCUCUGCGUAUGGCUUUGGUGGGACGAACGACGGUUGGAUCGAGCAGUCUCCCGUCACCAAGACCGCAUCUGUGCGGUCUGUGGCUGAAGAACAUCUGCGAGCCGCCUCUAGACGAAGCUGUCAAUCUGCAAACGUUCAAUGGAAUGAAUCCGCGUCCCAGAGGAGCGUAUCGAAAAAGUCAGUCGGCUCUGAAAACUUCGAUGUCGCUUGGAAUAUUCAUCCAGCGGUAGUGAAUGAAGACGAAUGGGGCGGUAACGGUACUCGUCAAUUCUCCUCAAGACGCUCAGAGCGACGAUCUAUACAAUCAUCUGCGAAUGCUUCCUGGUUGCAAAUCGAUCCUGAAAGAUCUAAUUCCGCGCGCUUGUCAGCUGGAAAACACUCAAGGGCUAGCUCUCACCACACAAGACACUUGAACGACCCUCUGGAACAUCAAGCACCAAUCUAUGAUGCUACUGCGGAGCCCAAGGGGGCAGCGGAGUCUUCAGCGGGAAUGUCCAGUCGCCAUAGCCGCCACAGCCGGCGGACUGUCUCACAGAAUGUAGCAGUAGACCGUUAUUCCAGACCGCCUUCUGGGUUGACUUUUGAGGAGGUCGGAUCGGGUUGGCGAGAGAUCCAAGAAGAGCAUGCCCCAUCUCCGUUGAUAUCUGCUCAAGGCUGGGCCGCGAAUGAUGUGAGCGCUGGUGAUUGGAGACCGGUAUCACACAUCAAACAUCAACCACACUCGGCAGCGUCAUCUCAGCCAAGCGGGCGUGGCGCCCGACGCUCUGAACGAAGUGAGCAUUCUGUAGCCAAGAAACGUGCUUCUCAGGGGUCGUCUACCACUGCCCACAUCCACUCGACAAGACCCAGCAAACAUGGGUGGAAGGAAGUGUCCAUUUCUCGCAAAAGCUCCAAGUUAACCAGGACAGAGCCUUUCCCAGCUUUCGGUAUUGACGAAUCUGGUAGCAGAGCCAAGUCGCCAGUCAAAGAGCCGUACGAGCGACCUCCGACCGUAUUCGCCGGGAAAGGUUGGAUAUCGCCGCAUCCUCUCAGUCGUUCGCCCACUGAGAUGGCGUCUCCGCCCCAAUCGAAGAUCAUCCUCCCCAGCGAGGCGUUUCCGCAAGGUGCGACCAUGACUUAUGAGGAGUGGAAGGACAUGCAGGAGCGAGGACUGAGGAUGCAUCGGAACUUCUCGCAUACAGAAAGCAGUCAUGGUAGGACCGCCAAGCUUGCUGAUAGGCGGUACAAGUUUGCAGGCUGGGGUGGUGAAUAUCUGGAUCGUGAGCGAUUUGAGGGAGAUUUAUCUGAGCAGGCACAUUCGGCAGCUGGAACCACCAGCUAUCGUGCUCCUACUGUUGAGAGUGAGCACAGCAGCCCGCGAAUGGCGUCAGUACGCUCAAGACGCAGUCACGGGUAUCCGCAAGAUGACAGCGAUCAAGGCGAACGUGAUAGCUGGCAUAGCAAUCCGCGCAGUAGCCAACACAGCCGCGUUAAGACAGUCUCUUCUGACUCUCGGCAAAGCACGGUACAUCGAGACGAAGGCGGUGUCCGCAGUGGUCGCCACAGUCGCCACAGCGAUCAGCGAAGCAGUCCACACCGUCGCAUCGAGUCCCGCACUCAGGCUUCUCUUCACGGCUCAGGCUACUACGAGCAGUAUCGCCCUGCCAACAGCACCACAGAAGUCCGCAGCAGGGAGUCAAGUGAGCGUUCGAGAUCAGCAUUUGAGUGGAAUCAACGCCGCUCAAAUAACGGAUCCUCACAUAAGGCUUCAGCUGUAUCUCGCACUUCCAGCGAGCGAGUUGCUGAAGCGAUAG